GGAGGAGGAGGAGGAGGAGGACGGGGAUAACCAGGUGGUGCCAUUAUCGCUGACGCCGCCCCCGGUGGCGAGCUCCUCCAGCAGCGAGGAGUCGUCUGGCCGGAUCUACAAUGGGUUCUUGAAGCGGAGCCGGGAGAACGCGGAUCUCGCCUCCUGGGACGACGACAACCCCUGCUCGUCCCCCCAGCGGAGCUACGUCGCGUCGGCGCCGGCUCGAGCUGUCGCCGAUGACGAGGCCACCUCCCUCGGCGAGGCUCCUUCGGCUCAAGCCGCCGCCGCCGCCGCCUCCGCAAAAUCUCGGCCCGUCAAUCCCAAUUCCACCGACUCUUCCGCGGCCGCCGUCCGGGUUUUGCGUCGUCGUCGAAAUCCCCGCGCCGUCGAUCUCGCUCCCUCCAACUCCCCCAGCCCUCCAAUCUGAAUGGUGCCGGUGACGGGCCUUCCUAUAUCCUAUAAACACUGAGGACUGCUGCUGCUCGCUAGUUCUCUCUGACACAUUUCAAUUCGCGAAAAAAAAAAAAAUAGUCACGCCCCCAAUGUAGCUACUGACCAUAUUUAUUUAGCCACCGCUUCGCUUAAAAGCUCUCAUGUCCCAGUGGUGCCGAGAGACUUUUAUGUGGGGUAAAUUUGUACAUCCAAAGGUUGUGUGUGUACCGGAAAUAGACACAAUGACAGAAUGGGAGUGCUUGUGAUGUUAAUGACUCCAUUUUCGUCCUUUCCACUUGCCCUUUACAAGAUCAUAUCAUUUAGAAGCUUUGUGUAAUUUAAACACAAUCACUCGGUUAUCACUUUGUCAACGGAUGGAAUAUAGACUUGGAGUUAAACAAGGCUCCUGAAA